AUGCGGGAGCAACUCGUGGAGGGACAACAGCUCACUCAGCUGUUCUCCUGUCGGUGCAGGGAGUUCAACAUUCGGCACAAGAUCUCCAUCCGCGCCGACACCGAACCAGCCAAAUCAGUGCUAGAUGUGGUGGAGCAGUACAAAGCCAAUCUCGUUAUUAUGGGUUGUCGUGGCACGGACAAAGUGCGACGGACGCGUUUAGGCGGUGUGAGUGGCUCUGUCCUUCAUCAUUGUCCAGUGCCUGUUAUGUUAGUGCCGCACAGGGUUUCUAAGAAACUGCAGCCUCUUCAGGCGCCCACAGAGUCCUCUGCACCUCUCCCCUUAGAAGACUGA